AAAGUUGGCAGACAGGAGAGGCGGGAGCGAGCAUAGGCUGGAGAAUUUCGUGCGUCCGGGUGGAAUCGAGGCUGAGGGGUUGUUUGCCACUGACGUGCAGUGGCUUGGAGCAGUGCGGACGGGAAAGUGGGAGUACAAGGCGGAAAAAACUUUUUGUUCUUCAUCGAACGGAACUGCUUUUUAAAAAGCAGUACCUGGGCAAAACACAAAGCGCGCGAGUGCGCGGAUCGCCAUGCGGGUUCCUCCCCCGGCCCUCGGACGGUGAGCACCCAGAGCCGCGCGCGAGAGAUGGCCGACAGGGACGGCGGGGUGGAGCUGCCGGUGGCCCCCGGGCAGGCCUACAUCGAGGUGGAGUUCGACUACGAGUACAAGGCCAAAGACAAGCUGGUCACCAUCCGGCAGGGCGAGUGCUACAUGCUGGUGAGGAAGACCAACGACGACUGGUGGCAGGUGAGGAAGGACAGGAGCGCCAAGGCCUUCUACGUGCCCGCCCAGUACGUGCGGGAGGUGCGCAAGGCCCUGAUGCCGCCCCCGAAGCCCCUCCUGAAGGGCGGGUCGGGGAAGGCCAAGCCCGCCGUCCUGGAGAUCCGCCGGUCCAACGAGAACCUCAACAGGCACGCCGAGAUGUCCAGCUUCGGCAGGCCGACGCCCGGCCACUGCAGCCCGCCGGGGGGGCGCCGCGACGCCAACCAGAACCCCGGCAGCCCCGGGGCGGGCAGGAGCCCGGCGGAGCUCUUCCAGAACAACAACGGCGGCGGCGGCGGCGGCGGCUCCACGCUGCCGCGGACGCGCGCCGAGUCGCCCGUGCCGCGCUCGCCCCCGGACGGCGACGCCGAGCGGACGCCCUCGCGCUGCGACUCGGCCGGCGACGGCUCGGAGAAGCUCCGGAACGACUCCGAGUCCGGGGACGACCUGAGCAGCAGCUCCACCGAGCACAUGCAGACGGCGUCCCCCACGGGUCAGGGCAGGCCCGAGUCUCCGGUCUACGCUAACCUGCAGGAGCUGAAGAUCUCGCAGUCCAGCCUGCCGCCUCAGCCCUCCAGCUCCCCGCUGCACACGGUGGGGGACUGGGAGACGUACAGGGACGGCAGCGGCCGCCACUUCUACUUCAACCGCGCCACGCAGGAGCGCACCUGGAAGCCGCCGCGAACCCGCGACGCCAGCAGCAGCACCGGGAGCGCCAGCCGGGGGGAUCCCCACAGCACCGGGGACACAGAGCCUCUGUCAUCGGAGGAGAACUGCCACAGCGCGUACUCCAGCCAAUCAGACAGCCAGUACGGGUCCCCCCUGAGGGGCUGGUCAGAGGAGCUGGAUGAGCACGGACACACCCUGUAUGUCUGUGAAUAUACUAAUGAGAAGUGGAUAAAGCACGUGGAUGAACAAGGACGGCCGUACUACUACAGCGCUGAUGGGUCCAGGUCAGAAUGGGAACUGCCCAAAUACAACCUCUCCCCGCCGCAGCCUGAUGACAUGCCCAAAAGCCGCAGCCUGGACCGGAGGCCCGAGCCCAUAGUGCUGACCAAGUGGAGGCACAGCACCUACAUGCUGGACGUCAAUGACAAGGACUCUACGACAAGUCCCAAACAGAGCUCCCCUGGCUCUGACUCCUGUCCCUCAUCUCCCAAGCCCCCUACUACCCCUUCUGAGAAGUGUGGAGUUCUGAAUGUCACCAAGAUCACUGAGAAUGGAAAGAAAGUACGAAAGAACUGGACCUCCUCGUGGACCGUGCUCCAGGGUUCCUCUCUGCUCUUCGCUAAGGGCCAGGGGAGCGGCACCAGCUGGUCAUACUACCGCAGCGGCUCCAUCCCUGAGCUGCUCCUCUCGCUGCUAAGCAACUGGAGGCGCUCGGUCAAGCCCCGCCCCGCUGUCUCCUAUGUGCGCUCUGGGCCAGGCCCGGCCGUCGCUAAAUUUGGGAGCAACUCCAAACCGGAGUUCACAGUGGAUCUCAGAGGGGGUUCGGUGGAGUGGGCCUCCAAGGACAAAUCCAGCAAAAAGCACGUCAUUGAGCUGAAGACUCGCCAGGGGACGGAACUGUUGAUUCAGUCUGAGAUUGACAGUGUCAUAAAUGACUGGUACAGAUCCCUGGUUGAGACCAUCAGUACCCAUGCCUGGGAGUCUGACGAGGCCAUUGAGGAGGACAUGCCCGAGUCCCCAGGGGCUGAGAAGCAGGACAAGGAGAAGGAGCACCGCGACUCCAAAAAGAGCAGAGUCCUGAAGAACUCAGCCAGCAUGGACCCGUCGGACCAGAAGAAGACGCGAGUGAAGCUGAAGAGGUUCCUCACGCGCAGGCCCACGCUGCAGGCGGUCAGAGACAAGGGCUACAUCAAAGAUCAAGUCUUUGGCUGCAGUUUGACGAGUCUGUGCCAGAGGGAAAACUGCUCGGUGCCAAACUUCGUCAGGAAGUGUAUCGACCAUGUCGAAAACACCGGUCUGAGUGUUGAUGGAUUGUACAGAGUGAGUGGGAACUUGGCAGUGAUACAGAAACUACGCUUCGCUGUGAACCACGAUGAGAAGGUAAACCUUGACGACAGCAAGUGGGAGGACAUCCACGUGACCACGGGAGCCCUGAAGAUGUUCUUCAGAGAACUGCCCGAACCGCUCUUCACCUACUGCUCCUUCAACGACUUUGUCAACGCCAUUAAAUGUCAGGACUACAAGCAGCGUGUGCAUUCAAUAAAAGACUUAAUCAAGCAGUUGCCAAAACCGAACCACGACACCAUGCAAGUUCUUUUCAAGCAUCUCAGAAAAGUGAUCGAGCACGGGGAAGUGAACCGCAUGACCACACAGAGCGUGGCCAUCGUCUUCGGGCCGACCCUGCUGAGGCCUGAGACGGAGACGGGGAACAUAGCCGUGCACAUGGUGUACCAGAACCAGAUCGUGGAGCUCAUCCUGCUGGAGUACGAGAACAUUUUCGGCAGGUAGAGCCGCUCCCGAGGAGGAGGACGGUCCCUUACCAAACUCAUCCAAGCAUCAUCCCAGCUUAAAUCUGUGACUUACGCUGCGGACCAAGCCAUUAAAAAGAGUCUAUAAUAAUAUGAGUAAUAAUUAAGAUAAUAAAGGUAUUAAUGAUAAAGAACAGAAACAAAGGACCUGUUUGACUUUGCACUUAAAGCUUUGGAGCUACGCGUGUGCAGUUUCUUUCGGUUGCUUGAUUCCCCCUUCCCCGUCGUGACAAGUUCAAUAUUCAGGGUAACUUCCUGUACACUGGAUUCCUGUGGCCAGUACUGAGGACCAGGAGGUCUUGUGGACUUGCUCCGUGCUGCACAUCUCACUGAUUUUGGCAGAGAGGAUCAUGGGACUGUGAGUCUGGGCUCACCUUCAUUGAUGGUCUGAGAGGAACAGAAAAUUUGGGGGGGAUGAGAAGAGCGAUGCCCAGUUUUAUAUCGAGAAGAUUCAAGUAUUCUGUGGUGCGUAGGGUGGGGAUUCGUUGUAUGCAGGUUCAUGGUUCAUUUGGAAUAAGCUGAACUGGAUAUUUUCACAGCCUUGUGAAAAUAUGACUAUUGAACUAUCAAGGCGGGGGCCCAGGUCAGGAGGGCAGUGAUGUCCAAUGAUGACCCUAGUUCUGGAUUCUGGGGUCCACCACCCAUAUCAGUAUUAAACGUGAGGUUCAGAUGCAGGGAUGGACUCGCAGAGCGGACCCCAGAGGCGGCACUGUCGACGUGGCCUCUGUCCCGUGCUCCAGCCUUACCCUGAAUCUGGUCUCAUGGAGAGAGCCGUGGUAAUCAAGCCAGGGCCCCUGACGGUCACUAUGGUCCCUGCAGUUUCAAUGGACGCUGUGGUCAUUACGGUCAUGUGUUUCAUUGCAGUUUCCAUGGUCACCAUGGCCACAGUGUUGUCUAUGGUCACUGUAGGACGUUUAGUCAUAACUGCCACUGCUGUGGUCUCUGGUCAUUUUGGUCUCUGUGGUAAUUGCAGCUCUGGAAGUUUCCAUAACCGCUGUGACCAAUGGUAUCCAUGGUCACUGUGGUCACAGAAGCCACCGUGUUUACUUUGUUUGUGGUAGCCACUGCGGUCCCUCUGGCCACAGCAGUGCGAAACGUGGUCUUGUAAACCUGUGUGUGGGAGUUAAGAAACUGCAAUAUGUUUUAUGUGAAAAAAGCAAGAAGUCUUGAUCUCUAGUAUUUGUACAGAAUGGUCUUGUAUAGUUUCAUGAACUGUGUAAACCUCGUUUCUUCUGUAAUGACCAGGCAGCACCUACAGGCCAUUUAUCAAAAGGCAAUAUUCCUCCCUCUCUCCCUUACUUUCUCUCCUGCAUUCAAUAGGAGUGAGAGUAGUAGGUCAAUCUCUCUCCCUCCCCCCUCUUUCUCUCUCCCUUCCUCCCCCUUUCUUCCUGGAGAUGCUGGAAUACUGGGACAGGAUGCAGAUCCUUUCAGGCUCCAUAAACUUUGUAGAUCAAUACUGUGUGCACUUCUUUCUUGGUUCCAUUGAACAUUUCAGAUUUUUUUUUUUUUUUUUUUUUUUGAAAAACGGUACUGGAAAUAGUGUUGCAUAGGUUUGGUGAUAGAUGGUACAGUUUUUAAACUGCAUUUAAAUAAAUCUACAGAACAUAUGUACAGUUUAAGACAAUGGAUUGAGUAGUGAAAACCUAUUGUACAAAUCUUUCAUUGUGAGUAAAGUAUGUAUGCUUUGAUGGUGAGCAGUAGCAACUGGAAAAAUUCAAUUUGAUUUUUUUAUAUGAUGAAAAUAUUGGAUGAUAUAGUCUGAUUGUGAGAAAAGAAAGUUAUUUGGAAGUGUAUCUGUUUGGGAGCAUGGUCAACUGCACAUUUUUUGAAUGUAAUUUCUUAGACUAACUGCUGUUUGUGACACUGCUAUGUCUAAUCUGAAUAAAGAAAAAGGUCAAGAGGAAGACCCACAAGG